AUGUCAGAAAAAGCAUUGGUUGAUUAUUCAGAGUUGGAAGAGUAUCUGAAAAAUAUUGGGAUAGAAAGCUUUGUUUACUCGCAAUUUAGUGAAAUAAAAAUAAUUGGACGAGGAGGAUCUGCAAUCGUGUAUUUGACUAUUUUUCAGAAAAAGAAAUAUGUUCUGAAAAGUUUAAAUAAUAACUUAUUGUUGGAUGAAAAAAGAUUUAAACAAAUUAAACGUGAGGAUAAUAGAGAGAAAAUUAUUGCCAAUACACCAUCAGAUUACGCCAAUCUCAUCAAGGAAUGUUGGUCAUCUGAUCCAGAUCAACGUCCAACACUAGAUCAAAUUUUGAUAGAACUUGAGAAUUUAUCAAAUAAAACAACUAUUGAAUUUAUAACGAAUGAAAAUAUCAAGAAUAAUCAACAAAUUGUGCAACCAGAGUCAAAUAAUGAAGAUUUCUUUAAUUAUAGGACUAAGACUAUGUACAAACGUCAUGAAGAAUCCAACCCAAAAGAAGAGUCACAAGUAUUACCUGGCUCGCAUUUAUCCAAUAAUUGUAAUAUUGAUGAUAAAAUUGAAUCUAACAACGACAAACACUCCAAUGAUACCUCCAGCGAUUCAAGUAAGCUAGGUGAAUUUAUUCUGGAUAAUGCACCUAAAGCCUCAAAUACGGACAUGCAAUCACUCACUAGUUCCGAAGAAACAUUGGAAGCAAUACGAACUUUAUCUAAACUCAGAUGA